AUGAACCAAAGUCGAGCAUCAUCAUUGAACUUGCCCAACUCAACCCGGACUCUUGAAGAAGCGCCGAAAUCUAUUCUCGACGUUACGAACGACCACUGGGAGACCAGAUUUGCUUCUUGUUGCUUCCCGACUCUCGAGCAGCGGGCCACUACCCAAAAGGACUGGCAACUCGGCGACGGAAGAAAACAAGACGAAAAGAAAACCCCCGCACGCCAAACAAACCAACCGGACCCCAACCGCCGCAAAGCGACCCCCAAGGUCCCGAGCCUGACAGACUUUCCGCUGUUAGUACACAGUAACUGGACUCAACCCGCAUCCACGAUCCAGCAAGGUUACAGGUUUCAGACGCAGCAAGGUACGAAUACAGGCUCCAUCCAGUCUUUCUACCUCUGCUAUCUCUCGUGCUUCUCAACCUUGAACCGGCGCAACGUCGAUGAUCAACCUGAAUACCGGCAUUCAUACAGCUGCUCGGGUUUGUUGAAGAAGUCUACUCCAAAGCGGCUGGGUUAUCAGUCUUCGACAACCCACUCAUCCAUCCACCCAUCCAACUUCUUCAUCUACCCUAGCCUCCGUGUCUCCCCGGCGUCUUUCACGAGCAAAACCCGCGCCAGCACAACCUUCGCACCGAAUCAGUCAGCCGCCAAGCGCAUUGGAGGUCGCAUUAAGCGCAUGACAAACCGGUGCUUGAUUCGUCCGUCCAACCAGAGCCGUCCAUUGCCACGUUGUUGCGGUAUUCCCCUUCGCCCGAAAGGCUCACUCACAAUCACCAACGCCACGUCCACGACCCCGUGGGGUUCGCAGCCUGAACCGGCUCAGCCAAGCACUUUUCCCCAACCCCAAGUCUACGGAUACCAAGACUCCAAGAGUAUUACAAGACAAAUCAUCUGCGACCUGCGCCUGCACCUGUCUGUGGGGCCUGACGUCGGAUUUCCAGAAGCGCCCAUCGCCUUCAUUGCGUCACACACCCUUCACUAA